ACGAGUGUACAAAUCCUAACAGGUGCCCGAGUACGAAACAGUGUGUUAAUACCCCGGGCAGCUUCCAGUGUAUAUGCCCUGCUGGGUUCACGGGGAGUCAGGACAGAAAUUGCAUUGACAUUGAUGAAUGUGAUACAAUCUCACUGAACACGUGCGCGGACAAAUCCUACUGCAGCAACACCCAGGGCUCCUAUUCCUGCCAAUGCUUUAACGGAUUUACGGGGAAUGGGCAUACGUGUGACGAUAUCGACGAAUGUUCCCUGAGUAACGGCGGAUGUGGUGGGGUGUGCAACAACGUGCCUGGUAGCUACUACUGCAGCUGUAACACCGGGUACAUCCUUAGCAAUGACGGCCAAAAUUGUAGAGACUAUAACGAAUGCAAAAGAAACAACGGGGGAUGUGCACAGAACUGCACCAACACUGAGGGUUCAUAUCAGUGCCACUGCACACAGGGGUAUCAGCUCCAUGUGAACCAGCGUGACUGCGUGGAUUUGGAUGAAUGCAAGAUCCAAAAUGGUGGCUGUGAAGACAUCUGCAUCAAUCUGCCAGGAAGUAUGAAAUGUAGUUGCCAGGGUGGGAAAACUCUUGCUGAUGAUCUAAAGACAUGUAUUGGUAUCUCAAGCUGUGCUGUCAAGAACGGUGGCUGUGACCAGGUGUGUAGGAUGACACUGGACAACCAGGUGUCUUGCUCCUGUUACCCUGGCUACACACUCAGCACAGAUGGACACACCUGCACAGAUAUUAACGAGUGUCUGGAUGUAAAUGGCGGUUGCGAGCAGCUGUGUGUCAACACAAGAGGGAGCUACAGAUGCACAUGUCUCCAAGGUUACACUGUAGCCGACAACUUUAGGAAGUGUCAAGCUGUCUGCAGCCCGCCAUGUUUAAAUUACGGCCAGUGUGUGGCUCCCAACAGGUGCCUGUGUCCUGCAGGGUACCCUGGCCCUGGCUGCUCCCCCAUGUGUAACCCUCCCUGUGCCCAUGGUGGCACCUGUCUCAGGUGGAACCAGUGUAUAUGUCCACCAGGGUGGACUGGGCCCGGAUGUCUUACUGCCAUUUGUAAUCCAGUGUGCCAAAAUGGAGGGCAGUGUAUUGCCCCAGACACCUGUCAGUGCCACUCUGAUUACACUGGGGAAAGGUGUCAGACAGUUCAGUGCACACCACCCUGUGAGAAUGAUGGGAUAUGUUCCCAGGUGAAUGUCUGCAUCUGUAAGGAAGGCUACAGUGGACCAAGAUGCCAGGAUGCACCCCCUGUAUGCAUUCCUUCCUGCCAAAAUGGUGGUCAGUGUGUUGGCUACAAUAGGUGUCAGUGUACCAUUGGACACAGUGGACGGUGGUGUGAGAAGAGCACUGCAAGUGUCUGUAGACCACCUUGUCUCCAUGGCGGCACUUGUCACUAUGGCAACAGGUGCGACUGUCCACAAGGCACACGCGGGUUCAGAUGUGAACACAGAUCCUGUGCCACAGUGACUUACCUGAAGAUGGAGAGCAGAGCAAUCAGGGUGCCAGUGAAGGAGGCCUACACCAUACCCUGCGGCAGGUUCAACUGGAGAACUUGCACCAGAUAUCGAACUGUUCAAAAGCAUGUUCACAGGACGUUCCACAGAGUGGGCUACAAAAUCCAGUGCUGAAUGUCCUACAGAGCGAGGCUUAUAGAACACAGAGUGGAGCGUAGAUACAGGCCCCUCUCCUCAUAUAGAUUAUAAUCAGCAAAUGUUUUUGAGUCAGCAAAAUUUUUAUUCAAGUGAAGUGUAACUUUGUUUUAAGCAGGAGUUUAAUCAGAUAUUGAUAUGAACAGAAUGAAAAUGAACAAUGGACCGUUUAUUAGGACUUUGUUUGUGGUAUUUCACACUGGUUAUAUCAGCAGGGCAGAUGAAAGCCGUCUUCUGGGACUUCUGUCCCCCGCCCCAACGCCCAACCGUUGGAUGUUUGGUUUAGCAUCUUUUUGGACAAGCUCUAUGUCGGAACCAGCAACUUAUUUUCCUAAGUGGAAAAUACUGGAUACAUUUGACUACAAGGAUUACUUUCUUUUCAAUAAAUUUGCAUA